UUGACAUAUUUCAUGUCAGCUCUCCUCGUGUGUGCAUUCUGUGCAUUAUCUAUCUUCAUUCGCAACCGGAAUAAUACUUGGAUUUGAUUACGGGUUAUUUCAUCAUCUUAUAACCUGCCGUUUAAAGCAAUUUAAAAGCCGAUUUUAAAGCUUCACGUAUUUUCAAAAGUAAUUCAAAAUGUCCUGGUUGUUUGGGUAUAAGAGCCAAGUACCGCAGGUGCCUCCACAGGGUGCUGAUGGUGGUGCUCCACCAGAGCCGGGCUCUACCGGACAAGCUGCUGGGGAUCAGAAUCUGACCAAGGCCGAACGUAAAGCUAUGGAAGCAUAUCGGUUCGAUUCUUCCGCACUGGAGCGAGCUGCGGAAGCUGCCAGAACAUUGGAGCGAUCAAAACAUGCACGUGAAGCGCUAGAAUUAUCGAAGCUUCAGGAGUCUACGCGACAGCAAGAAUAUAUGGCCAAAGUAAAGGAAUAUGAGGCACAUAUCGAGUCAUCCAAAGUUGAACAGAAACGAGUUGAUCACGAAGAACGACGCAAAACUCUAUCUGAAGAAACCAAACAACAGCAACAACGGGCGCAGUAUCAAGAUCAGCUAGCCAGGAAGCGUUAUGAAGAACAACUUGCACAGCAACAACGUGUGCAGGAGGAAAAUAUACGCAAGCAAGAGGAAAGCGUAGCCAAACAAGAAGCAAUGCGUAGGAAAACAAUUGAACAUGAAAUGGAGCUACGCGAGAAGAACAAAAUGAAAUUACUCGAGGCUGAGUUACGAGCCAAAGCGAAGGUUGAUCGGGAAAAUCGUGAUUUAACAUUAGAACAGAUAAGAUUAAAGGCCGAGGAAAAUCGCAUUACAGUGAUGGAAGGUAUAAAGACAGCUGGAUCUGUGUUAGGUCAAGGCGCAACUGCUUUGCUAACUGAUUGGGGUAAAGUGGCAACAACUGUAGGGGGUCUGUCAUUGUUGGCUUUGGGUAUCUAUUCUGCGAAGGGUGCCACGGGUGUGGCCGCUCGUUAUUUAGAGGCAAGAAUUGGAAAACCAUUGCUUGUGAACGAAACUUCUAGAUUCUCACCUCUGGAAGCAAUACGCCAUCCAGUUACAACACUCAAGCGAUUUAAGGCCAAACCGACUGAUGCACUACAAGGAGUUGUGCUACAGCCCAAGUUGGAAGAACGUUUGCGAGACAUCGCAAUUGCCACAAAAAAUACCAAACAUAAUAGGGGAUUUCAUAGAAAUAUUCUAAUGUAUGGACCGCCAGGAACUGGUAAAACAAUGUUCGCUAAGAAGCUAGCUUCCCAUUCUGGGCUGGACUACGCUAUUAUGACUGGUGGUGACGUUGGUCCGAUGGGAAGAGACGCGGUGACAGCAAUCCACAAAGUGUUUGAUUGGGCUAACACUAGUCGGCGUGGUCUGUUGUUGUUCAUUGACGAAGCCGAUGCAUUUUUGCGGAAACGAUCGUCGGAAAGAAUUUCUGAAGACAUGCGAUCAGCACUGAAUGCAUUCUUGUACAGAACUGGCGAACAAAACCCUCGCUUCAUGUUGGUUCUAGCGUCAAACACGCCAGAACAGUUUGAUUAUGCUAUCAACGAUCGAUUGGAUGAGAUGGUAGAGUUUACGCUCCCAGGACUAGACGAACGAGAGCGAUUGAUUCGGCUUUAUUUUGACAAGUUCGUUCUGGAACCUGCUGCUGAAGGAAAAAAACGCUUCAAAGUAGAGCAAUGGGACUAUACCACGGUCUGUAGUAGAAUGGCAAACAUGUGCGAGGGAAUGUCCGGACGAGAAAUUUCGAAGCUAGGUGUUUCAUGGCAGGCGGCAUGCUAUGCAUCUGAAAAUGGUAUUCUCACGGAAAAAAUGGUGUUGGAUCGUUGUGAGGCAGCGGUUCGCCAACAUAAACAGAAGAUGGCAUGGCUUUCGGAACAGGAGAAACAGGACCACAAAUCGAUAACAGGUGGUAAAGGCUUCGUAAUCGAAUCUUAAUCGCAAUGAAGUUUUUUAGAUACCAAUACCGGAAAAAGUUUGUUAUAAGGAAUUAUUUUUUUUUAAAUUCAAUGAGCAGGUCUCAAUGCUGAGAUAGAAGGGUUUUGUUUUUUUGAUCUGAAAUUGUUAUUGUUUUCAGUCGUUCAAAACUAUGAUGCCUUUUGUUAUCAGCAUGUGAUGCUCGAUUGGAACGAUUUAAUAGCAUAUGGGUUUGUAGAAUGUCAACAGUAGCGUUCAGUUCACCCGUUCCGCUCAGCGAAAUUUAUAUUAAACUUCUUCGAACGGGAGAACCGUGAUUGUAACUGACCAGAACAUCGUGGAAUGCAUUUAGAAUCAUCUGCAUUUUUUUCAAAACGAAUGUGUUCAAACGUUGAUUACGUGUUCGCUUCUGAAUGUAUAUUAUGUGUAUUAUAUAAUAUCGAUUAGGGAGUAUGAACAGUCAACUACCACUACAAACAAUGGUUCAUGUAUAAG